AUGUCAGUCGCCAUCCCCACAGCAACCUCACCCUCGCGGUGCCCGCACUCGAUCCUGCGCCCAUGCUCCUCGGUCGUCCAACCAUCCAAAGACGCAGCCGGUAACAGGCAAUUCGGUUGGCUCGCUGCUCCACCACGCGAACUAUGCUGCCCCCGUCCAUCUCCUGUCAUUGUGGAGCAAGUGCAAACACCGACACCGACAUCCACCACCCCAGCCCACUCGCCCACAGACGAGACCGAGACCGAGACCGAGACAGAGACAGUUCCGCCCCUCUCGCCAAGCGUAUCGCAAGACUCGGUCGCCGAAUCCAGCCCCUCCAUUCCCGAAUCGUUGGCUGGCGACGAAACUCCCCGGUCGGCCGCAUCGCCAUCCAUCCGCUUCAGUGUCCUCCCCGAACGCCCGCCAGAGCUGCGCCGCCGUAAUUCCAUCUCACUUGGUGUACUGGCGCGCAAAUCCAUGCUCCAUGCCCAGGGAUCAACUCCGGGUCGGGGACAGGGACAAGGACAGGGAAUCAAACGCGUCGUCAUGACCGACGACGAGUGGGAGGCUUACCAACGUCAAUUUGCUGCCAAGAACCAAAUUCCCCAAGCGGUCGACCUUGGCGCUGUUAUGAAAUCAGGCGCCAAGACCUUCUUCACCAAGCUCCGCCGGUCCAACUCUUCCGCGUCGACCAGUUCAAACGGGUCGGCAACAUCGCGCAGCCGCUCCGACUCAUCCUCUUCUUCGACAGGUGGGUCGCACCACGUCGCCGCCGUCCCCGCCGUCCCCGAGGUCCCCGAGAUCCCCGAAGAGGAGGAAGGCGACGAGACCCCCCGCACUGGACGCUCUCCCUCGCCAACACACAUGAAGCCGUCUCUCGACCCCAACGUGUUUGAGGAGACGGGCCGGAACAAUUCUCUGCGCCUGUCGACCGACGAUACCGAGUACGAGCAUUUGCAGCACUCGAACACUGAGGCUGCGCUCGGGUUUGAUCUCACCCAUUACCCCAGUAAUGCGCGGCCGGCAUUCCAGCGCAGCGUGUCUGAAGCCUAG